CGCACUUUCAAAGCGGACCUCCACAAACAUAUAAAUAUUGCUUCGGUGGCCUUCAUCCUCUAUCUCUUACCACUUCGCCUAUUGUCCAAAUGAACCCAGCCACCCAAAAGCGCGUAGCAGACGACCUCGAAGACAGCGAAGACCGCGAAGUCAAGCGAGUGAAAAUGGACCCUAGCGCCAUAAAGAACGACCCAGACUUUACACUCGACCCCGAACUCGAUAAAAAGAAACGCCAGAAAUACAAAUGUUUAUUUGAUGGCGAGUCCAUCCUUCCCAGCUCUUACGCCCGCCACAUCAGGUCAAGAAAGCAUAACGAUGCUAAAGAGAAAAGCAAAUCUUGCCCUGUUCGUUCGCCUAUACCUGAUGCCUUUCAAGAGCACUUCGCAGAACACGCAGGGCAAAGAGAUGGGGGCGCUCAGUCAUCAUCAAUGUACAGCGGCCCGGCGACACCAAACACCACAGAGAACGUGCAAAUCUCGUCCACAGAGACCGCCGAAGAUUUUGAUCUUUCUUCGACGUUUACCGAGACGGAGGACCUUAAUCUUGACCAUUUCCUGGACAUGGGGAUCGGGGCCGAUUUACCACUGGAAGGCGAUAUUGUUGAUAUAACCGCCGCGUCGAUGUCCAGUGACUUUAUGACGACCGGCGUGCCAGUUUUGCCUCCGGCAGAUGAGGUUUCGUCGUCAUCAGAUGAUGUACCUCCUGCAUCUUACUCCUCCAUUUACUUCGAUUUCGAUUUCAACGAUGAGAUCUAGUGUUUCACUUCCGCUACAAACCAUCCUGUAUACAUUGUGCUCUCUAUUAUCGACUCACCAUCUAUCCCACCAUACGACUUUAUGACUUUGCGAACUACACGCAUUCGUUCUACUGGAUA